AUGGCCCACGCAAAUAGGCUGACCGAGCAGGUCAAAAUUCUCACAAAGCGUGUGCAUGAGUUAGAGGGAGCCCUAGCCUCGCGGGGCCAGUGUCGACCAGAGGAUCAUAGCGGAGUCGACAAUGUCUCCGCAGAAGAUUGGACUCAGGAAAUCCAAGGCGUGUCUGACACCAUAGGCACCCUGUCCAUUGGCGUCAAUGGUCAGAUUAAAUAUCACGGCGAAUCCGCCGGCUCUGAGUACCUCCAUGAACUUUUGCCGGUGGAUCGGUACCGUGCACCCAUGCAGAGUCACCUACCCGUGGAGAUCCUGGAGCUGGUUAACUCGUUCCCUUUCGGAAUGCGGGAUUGUCCGCACGACAAGUAUACCCUUCUGCCCUAUCUACCAUCAAGGGAUAGGGCCCUCGAAUUGUCCGACCUCUACUACAAGCACGUUGCCUGGAUGUAUGACCCUGUUAUCAACGCAGAAUUUAUGGCCCGCAUCAUAGAACCUAUCUACGGCAGCACCGAGGACAUAUGUCUUGAUUCCGUCCACUCUCAUACCCUAUCUGUGUUCUUCGUCAUUUUGGCCAGCGGCGUCCUACACGACCCACAUCCAGAUAAACAGCAUCUAUCGGACCAAUACCUCGCUCUCUCCCGUGCCGCCUUAGCCUUAGACCCUAUAUUCCAUGAAGCCACCUGCGCCACCGUGCAGGCAUUAUUCAUGAUUCUCCGCUAUAACUACACCUUCGAUCGAAGCAGCACGGAGGAGCGCUGGUUGCUCAUAGGUCUCUGCGUGCGCAUUGCACAGAGUAUAGGGCUGCAGAGAGACUCGUCAGGCUGGCAGCUGGACUCCGAUGAGGUCCAACGGCGGAGAAGAAUAUUCUGGGAGAUCUACAUGUACGACGCGUGGACAAGUAUCGUCAAUGGCCGCCCGCCGGCACUGAAUCUGCAACACACCGACUGCCGACUUCCGGACGAUCACGAACCAUUCAUCACAGAGUCCGGUGAGAAGCAAUUAGGCUGGCAUGCGUGGAAGCUGAGAUAUGCGGUGGCUUGUCUGUCGACGUCCACCCAACACGUAUUCAGUGCCAACGCGCCGCCAUAUAUGGCCUUACUGGACCUUGACAAGAAGAUACGACUGCAGCCUGUUCCACCACACCUCCAGUCUCCUGUCCGCGAGUCAGAGGCCCAUAGAUCAUGGGCGUCGGAUCCGGUCCGCGCCAUGCAGCAAUACUGUAUCCUCUGUGAACGUGAAUCGAAUUUGCUGUAUAUCCAUAGGAGUUAUUUCGCUCAAGCUAUACGCCAGGAUUCAGACGACCCCUUGAAGCACCAGUUCGCUCAGUCCGUGUUGGCCACGUACAGAAGCGCAUGCAGGAUAAUUUCUAGCUUGCGGGGCUUGUACGAAGUUCACAAAGGUGAUGCCACCAACUGUUGGUUUUUCUGGUCUAGUGUUUUCUCCGCUUGUAUAAUAUUUGGAGCGCUGGUCAUUGAGAGCCCAAGUUGUACGCUUUCCAGGGACGCCCUACAAGAGUUCGAAAGGACGCUUCCAUUCUACGAAGAAGGGUCAGCAACCACGCGACCUCCUUCGACGCUAUCAACCCUCCGCAAACUACUCCAACGGGCCCAAGAUACAUUCCGCGCCGGUGGGAAGGACAUCAACACCGUAAACCCGAGAAUCCCAGAACUCCCUGAUGAACUUGAAGUCCUUGAAGGUCGGAAAUCAGUCAUACAGGAUCGACGUACAUCAAGCUCCCCAGUGUCGCAUGGCUCCUCACAACACCAGGAUGGACAUCGCCAUGAUAAUAGGACCGUCGGCCACGGUACCAAUAUCCCUGGGUCGCUACACGACUAUUAUCAUGCCUUCGGCAAUCCAUACCUGAGAGGGGGUGGUGGCGUAGUAAGCGAAGCCCUCGAGGGACGAAACUCCAUGAUGUUCGGAAUGUCCUACGGUUCAGAUGCAAGAACGAACGCGGGAUACGCCGCGACGAGCGACCAACGGCUCAGUGUUACGCAGCCACUUGCACAUUCUACACAUCUGCGGACAGCGGAGUGGCCCCAUGCGGAGCAAGGAGGAGGCCAUAUGCAGGUUGGACCAAGUGUGCAGCAGAACUUUCCCAAUCACCUUCCUUUGCAGCCACUGGGCGGGCAAUUGCCGCCCCAACAAGCGGAAGUGGCGUACCCGUUUCAAUCACACCCUCAACAAUUUCUUAGCCCUCAACAGCAUGCAGAGGGUAACCAUGGAUUCCAGAUAGCGUACCAUGAACGAAAUCAGCUCGAUAGCUGGCGUAAUUUGAUGCAGCAAUACGGCCUAUGA